UGGGGUUACUUUAUUUUGGAAGACAGAUUCUAUAUGGGUUCCGUACGCUGAGAGAGAGAGAGAGAGAGAGGGGUUGGUCCGAUCAACCGAAGUAGACGACGAGACCGGAGAAUCCCUGUCGGAGACUACAGGGUCCUCCAUUCUCAUUGUCGCCUGGUUUAUACUUUCAUGGUUGAGAGCUUCUGUAUCUGUUUAUGAUAUACUCUUUCUCCCACUCAGCUAUAUCUUUGUCAAACCCUGAAACAAAAUCCCAUUUUGGUUGGGAUUUCGCAGAUGCAAUAGAGAUGGACAAGGAAGCCAAGAAGGAAGCUUUUAGGAAGUACCUCGAGUCCAGUGGAGCACUUGAUGCCCUCACCAAAGUACUUGUUGCAUUAUAUGAGCAGAACGACAAACCUUCCUCAGCAAUUGAGUUUAUUCAGCACAAAUUAUGUGGUCCAACUGUUCCUGAAAAUGAAAUACUACAAGCCAAGAUGUCAGAUCUGCAGACAAAGUAUAAUGAGCUUUUAGCAACACACCAGAAAACCUGCCAGGAGCUUGAGGAGCUUAGAAACUCGCAGCCCAUGGCAGCUUCCAAGGAGACAGUAGAUGGAGAGAUCCCAAAGGGUGGAUUAUGAAGAAGCAUCCACCAGAGCUUCUGCACCUUAAUAUAACCAAUCAGCCAUUUGUUUUUGUAGAAAUUGUUAUAUGAUUGAGAAUACUGAUUUCUUAGUGUUGUAUAAAUACUUUGUACCUCAGCUUUCUUAACUAGUCUUUACCUCACCAGAUGUUACAUCUUGGUUUUAUAGUA